UUUUGUUUUUUAGUUCUUUAAAGGAUAUCAGGACUAUUUUGAUAAAAUUAAAAUAAAACUGCUUUGGAAACCUGCAAGUUUCCUCAAUAAAGGAAUAGCAAGACACUUGAGAAUACAAUGAGCUCAAGAAAAGUUCUUGCAAUUCAAGCCAGAAAGAAAAGGAAACCAAAAAAUCGCUUAUCUGAUAAAAACAAGAAGAAGGAUCAUAGACACGGGCACUCUCACACUCAUUCUUCGUCUGCUCCUGUUCCUUCAUCUGCAAACCAUAACAACCAUCAUCAUGAGGAUGAGAAUCCUCCACCUUACGAUGAUCCGAUAAACCAUGAUGAAGACUCAGAAGAUGAAGAUGAAGAAUUGAGAGGAUCUGAUGAUGAUGAGCAGGAAGACCCAAAUGAUUAUUGCAAAGGUGGAUAUCAUCCAGUCAGAAUUGGAGAUUUAUUUGUGAAUCGAUAUCAUGUCGUGAGGAAGUUAGGAUGGGGACAUUUUUCUACUGUCUGGUUGUGUUGGGAUAUGAAAUUGAAGCGUUUCGUUGCGAUGAAAGUUGUGAAGAGUGCUCAACAUUAUACAGAAACAGCACUGGAUGAAAUAAAACUGCUAAAAUGCGUUCGUGAAAGUGAUCCACAAGAUCCAAAUCGUGAUAAAUGUGUUCAGUUGCUUGAUGAUUUUAAAAUUCAUGGGAUGAAUGGAACUCAUGUUUGCAUGGUGUUUGAAGUUCUUGGUCAUCAUUUACUCAAAUGGAUUAUCAAAUCCAAUUAUCAAGGAAUGCCAAUAUCUUGUGUCAAAAGUAUUAUGAAACAGGUUUUGCAAGGCCUGGAUUAUCUUCACAGCAAAUGUCAGAUUAUUCACACAGAUAUCAAACCAGAGAAUAUAUUGCUUUGUGUCGAUGAACCCUAUGUGAGGAGAAUUGCAGCUGAUGCUCAUCAAUGGCAACAGUUGGGUGGGAAACCGCCUUCUGGUUCACUUGUGAGUACAGCACCACAACCAAGACAACAACAAAAUCAGAAAAUUUCUAAAAACAAACGUAAAAAGUUAAAAAAGAAAGCAAAGAAACAACAAGAACUUCUUGAGAUGCAAAUUCAACAAAUUGAACAAACUGAAAGAGAAGGAAAACCUUUAAUGAAUCCUGAAUGUGUUGGAGCAGUAGAACAAGAUUCACCUAAAAAAGAUAAACUGAAAGUGUCAGAAUCACCGGCAAAAGUGAACGGAAACGCAGACACUGAAAGUAAAGAAACAGAAAAUGGUCAAAAACAGGACCAGGAACUCCAAGAGGACAAAAAUGACAAAAACUCUGAAGAAGAAGAAAUAAUUUCUGAUAAUAAACUUGAAAUAAUCAAGGAAAAUGGUUUGGAAUUACAAAAUGGCAUUGACGAGGAAGCAAAGCAGAAUGGUAAUGGAAUUGUAGAAAAUGAAGAGGUCAGAGUUCAAGAUUUGAAAAUCACAAAUGAGGGAGUUGUAAACGGAUGUGAGAAAAAUGGAGAUGAGGAAAAUAUUGAAGAUGAAACAACUGUUAUGGAAGAAAAGUUACAAAGUUUAAACACAAGUGAUGACUCGUUUAGUACAGCAGUUCAAUCACCAAUGUCUAAUGUUGGCGAACAACAACAAACCGAAUCCGUUGUUGAGAAUGGUGUCGCAGAAAAUAAUGAGGAAACUCAAAAUGCUGAAUGCAAUUCAAGCAAUAAUUCACCAGAGUCAAAUCGGCCGGAACAGGAUAGAUCUGGUCGGAGGGAUGAAGGUGGAAAUUUGAAAAGAGGAACAAGUUCAGACAGUCAAGCAUCAAGAGGUGGAGAUUGGAGAUCUUCAUAUUCAGCAAAUGACCUACUUGUCAAUCUACUUGAUCCAACUUGCUCUGAUCAAAUCAAAGUCAAAAUUGCUGAUCUUGGAAAUGCUUGCUGGACGCACAAACAUUUCACAGAUGACAUUCAAACAAGACAGUACAGAUCAGUUGAAGUUUUAUUAGGAUGUGGGUAUGGACCUCCUGCUGAUAUAUGGAGUACAGCUUGCAUGGCUUUUGAACUUGCAACUGGUGAUUAUUUAUUCGAACCACAUUCUGGCGAGGAUUAUUCAAGAGAUGAAGAUCACUUAGCACUUAUAAUAGAGCUAGUUGGACCAAUGCCCAGAUAUUUUGCUUUUUCCGGGAAAUAUUCUCAUGAUUUUUUCACAAAACGAGGUGAACUCCGACACAUUCAUAAACUGAAGAUGUGGCCUCUUCCGGAUGUUUUAGUAGAAAAAUACGAAUGGCCAGAAGAGGAAGCUUUAGAGUUUGCAUCGUUUUUAUUACCAAUGCUUGAAGUUAUUCCUGACCGAAGAGCGUCUGCGGCACAAUGCCUUGAACAUCCAUGGCUCAACUCUUCAUGACCUUGCUUUGCUUAAUUUUUACCGGAUACCACACAACCAUGGAGUAUGAAAACUGAUUUGCACUCUCCACUCGUCUUUACACAUUAUUUUUGGCACUCCCGAAGUAUAUGAACCAAGAUGGCGGACACCGGAACGUAGUAUGUGUACCAGGUUAGGGUUAGGCAGGUACAGGUUGUAAUUUCAGGUACAAAUACGACGGAAGUCAAUUGGCUAGUC